GUUUCUCUCUCAAAAUGAAUUUUUAUGGAAGACUCAACCAAAACCAGUUCGCCUCCUCCAUCCUCCUCCUCAGACUUGUCUGCACGUCCGACAUACGACCCCCUUUUCACCGGCGUCGAGUCCUGUGGCUCGAAUGAGAAUAUCUUUUGCCAAAAGAGAAAGCUCGGCACUCCAGAUAAGAUGAGUCGAAAGGGGAAGGAGCCAUACGCUACGUCUUCGGAGUCAAGUUCACGAAUUGAUGAUGCUUGCUGGGAUCUUCCACAGCUCUCUUUGUUCAUUGAAGUGAUGUAUGACCAUUACAAAAAAGGACAACUUAUCUCAUCUACAUUUAGUGAGCAAAUUUGGCGUGAAAUCCGUAUUGAGCUGUAUGAACGUAAUAGAACACAGUACACCAUUGCGCAACUUAAUAGUAAAGCUAACAGGCUUCGAAUGCUUUGGAGUAAGUUUUAUGAUUUGGUAUACAAACGGACUGGUUUUGGUUGGGAUCCAACUACAUACACUGUGACUGCCAGUGAUGAUCAUUGGGCUGAAUGGGUAGCGGCUAAUCCGAGAGAGUCUGGCUUGAGAAAGAAGGGUCUUCCUCAUUUUAAUUUAUGUACUGAGAUGUUCUCUGCUUCUGUAGCCACAGGCAAUGUUGCCCGUUCCUCUGCCAUGCCUCCUUUCGAUAACAAUGAUGAUGAUGAAGUUGAUGUAAGCUAUCCUACAGUGGAUCCUGGUAAUCCAUUCUCAUCCGCGGCUGUGAAAUAUCCAAGAGCAUCAAGGGGAGUGCAACUAAAAGGAGGGCAAAGUGAUCAUUCAAAUAGAAUUGAUACUUGCAUUGAUGCCAUAACAGCUCGCUGCAAAGCCAAAACUCGGAAGUUGGCAAGAAUUUCCAACGACAAUAUUAAAGAUUGCAUGCUUGCACUUUCUAAAAUGGAGGGACUACCACGGAAAUUGUUCUUUGCAGCGCAAGAUCAGUUUCUGUUGAAGGUAAGGCGUCAAAUGUUCCUUCUGAUGAGUGAUGUGGACAAACGUGCUUGGGUUGAGAGACUCGGCAAAUAACUUUUUUAUUUCUAUGUGUUGACUGCUUAACCCCCAAGUGAGAAUAGUUUAUGCAUGUUUUGACCUUAAAACAUGUUUUAUUUUAAUAUUUUACUAGUAACAAUGAUCACUUCCUAACUUUAUAAGGAUUUACCUUGUAAUGUUACAUGAA